CUAACCCCCUUCUUAGGCCACAACUGCAGCCGCUGGCUCCACCCAGCCCUGAAAACCUCUUCCUGACGUCAGGUUACACCCUUAAUUUUCACCUGUACUCUAAGGAAGGGGCCUCGUUUGCUGUUGCAUUAUGGGAACUGUAGUGUUCUUUUCCACGCAUGUUUAUGGGGUGGUGGUUUAUUCUGAAACGCUGUUUCUCUAGGGAUCCUGGAUGGCAGACGUGUAACUCGGCGUGACGAUGUGAUCAGAGAAACAUGGGCUCCCUGCUGUCUGCGUUUGGAAUUAACGUGAAGGAAAAAAAAGUAGAAGAGGAGAGGCAUUUGCGAGCUAACGACAGGGAGUUCAACCUGUCGUUUAAGUAUGCGAACAAUGCCAUCAAGACCUCCAAGUACAACGUGUUCACCUUCCUCCCUCUCAAUCUGUUUGAGCAGUUUCAAAGACUGGCCAAUGCCUACUUUGUCUUUCUUCUCAUCUUACAGCUGAUUCCUCAGAUCUCGUCUCUGUCCUGGUUCACGACUGUAGUUCCGCUGCUGCUGGUGCUGUCUAUAACUCUAGCCAAAGAUCUCUCUGAUGACAUUACCAGACACAAGAAUGACAAACAUGUGAACAACAGAAAAGUAGAAGUGCUCAUUGAUGGAGAGUUGAAGAGUGAAAAAUGGAUGAAUGUUCAAGUGGGUGACAUUGUCAAGCUGGAAAACAAUGAGUUUGUCACAGUAAGUUUAUAG